AUGUCAACUCCGGUGGUGCGGAGCAUAGUGAAACGCGCACUGGCUCUCAAUGACCAUGCGACUGAAGCGCCAGGUACUUUGCAGUUUGCUGGCUACGAUGUGGUCGUCGAUGAAGAGGAAGGCAUCUUCCGGCAGUUCAGACUCGUGCGUAAUGGAGUUGAGCAGUCAGAUCCCCUAGUGCUGCUGCACAGGAUAGUGUUACUAAUGUGCGACAACGCUACCGAACGCCUGAGGGCUGCCCGCUGCGACCAUCCGCUGUUUGGAACUCAGGCUACUGAUGAGCAAGAGGUGAUCAACUUCCUCCUGUCGACAGAGAUUAUUCCGCUCUGCCUGCGAAUCAUGGAGUCCGGCAGCGAGCUGUCCAAGACGGUUGCCACUUUCAUUCUGCAGAAGAUCCUGGUUGAUGAGACUGGUCUCUCGUACAUCUGCCAGACGUACGAACGUUUCUCUCAUGUGGCCAUGAUCCUGGGCAAGAUGGUUCUGUCUUUGGCCAAGGAACAAACUGCGCGUCUGCUGAAGCACGUGGUCCGAUGCUAUCUGAGGCUGUCCGAUAAUCCCAGGGCUCGCGAAGCUCUGCGGCAGUGCCUGCCGGACCAGCUGAAGGACAACACAUUUGCAAGCUGCCUGCAGGAUGACAAAUCAACUUCGCACUGGCUGGCACAGCUGCUGAAGAACCUGGAUACUGCCCCGGUGACUGACCCCAGGCUCACCUACCAGGGGAGCCUUCCUCCCCAGUAGCCCUCCCUCCUCACCACCACCACCCAGGAGAGCAGGGCAGGGUCACUACAAAGCCUUGCUCUCAGUGGCAACUGAGUUUGGCAUCGUCUGCUCACAUGCAGUUUGCUUUAGCAUGAUGUCACUGUUGUGGACUUUAUACGCAACCUUGCAAAGCAGGUUAAUGAGGGCAGGCUGGCUAUGUGUGCAGUCUCCUUCCUUCUGGGCUAAUGGGAUGUCCCGCGCCAUUGUGAACAUCUGCAGUCUGAGUGCAGGUUUAGGCAUGGCUGUCCAUUGGUUCUUUUUCACAGUCCAAAAGGCCUUUGAAGGGAGUGGGUAGUACUCAUUGCAUCAGUGUGACACUCAACCAGCCUUGCAUCUGCCAAAAUGUUGUGAUGUUCCUGAAAGCAUGCAGUCCGCGAGAGCUACACAAUUUUUCGAAAACUGUCGCAUAAGUUUUUUUGUAAACUUGGGCAGCUAUGUGUAACAGUGCUGGACAAAUGCAUGUAAAUUGUCAGCUAGGCUGCAAUUGUGAUAUUCUAGGGAUGAUUGUCUCGGUGCCACUGAUGUGGUCGUCAGAUGAGCUGGCACAGGUUCUACAUUGUGCAAGUGACAUUGGCUCUAAACUGACAUGUGUAGUAACUUGUCAUUUCAGUGUUUUUGUAAAACCUAGGCAUGGCCACAAUGGUUAGGAGUGAGCCAAUAAUCCUCAAGUGCUCACCUCCAAGGUUUGCCUGACUUGUGUAAGAGCACCUGGAAAUGGGCAAUCAUCUUGUGAACUUUGCUGAUGUGCGGCAUGCUUGAAGUGUACCUGGCUAGAUUCUUGUUGGGCAAAAAAAAAAAAAAGAAACUGUCAUAUUCAAAAACAUUUCGGUGACUGUUCAGUUUUAAGAAAGCGUUAAGGAUUACCUAUUUCUUUAAAGCUUUGGAUUUACAGAUGAGAAGGUGGGAAGUCCACACAAUCUAUGAAGAGUGGCAGAUCUUUCAUUUCAGAGAAAACAGUGUUGCAGUUGCAGAUACAGACAGUUCAAAGAUCUGUAGCCUGAAAAAUGUCCAAAACACACAUACAAGAUCUUGCCAAGCCCCAAAAGAAUCCACAUUAGUAGCUUUCUGCAUACGAUCUACUAGUCCGUGGCCCUAUGGCAGGCAGUGUAGUAUAUAAGUGGGGAACACCUGAAAAUUGUGGUGAAUAUGAAUGUGCAUUAGAAUUUUUUUCUUGACAAAGGGCAUGUGCUUCUAAUGUUUCUAUGUCACUAAACACAUGCAACCAUUGACUCUUUGGCGAGGCAGUUAGUUUACAGUUUAUGUCCAGACCUUCUUUAUCUCGUGAUGUCACGGAACCCGUAAGCUCAAUUUGCGGAUUGUUACCAAACUGAUUUGCCAAAACAGUAACAAAAGUUUGCAUCAUUGUUGUACUUUAGCAUGCUGUUAGUGACUGUUCUGUUCACAGAACCUGGUUAGCCUUGUUGCACAUGCUGUGCCCUGUGACAGCUCACGGCGGACCACUCUGUCUCUAUGUAAAUAGCAUAAGGAAGCCAAAGGCACCACUAACUCAGCCUGAUGUAAUCAACGUACACAUUUUUCAUAAUCUCUUGGUGGUGGACGUAUAGCAAGAAUAAUGUUACCACAUAGAGCUGGGCGAGCGUUUCAAUUCCUCCUCUGUAUAUAACUUGUCACAGUCUACGCGUGUUAAUCAUUACACGGGAUGUUCAUCUAUAAAGUGAGACUUGUGUAAUUUCUUGUGGUAACGACAGGGACUGUGACACUUUCUUUCUUUGUAGUUUCCGUUUGCUGGUCUUCGUUGCUUAGCAUGAACCUGAAGCAUGCCUCCCUCGUCUACAUGGUUUUUCCAACCUGCCGUAGUUUUGCUGGAUGAGCAAGCGAUUUGCGGCCGAAAAUGCUGCAUGGUGUAGGCUGUUAUAUUUUGCUCAUCAUUAAGCUCUGAGGUGCAUUGCUUGCAGCUUGGCAGUUUGGGCCCACCACUUCGUUUGUGUUCAUGCCUGGCCCUCAAAGUCCCAGAGACACAUAGGCAAAAAAAAAUUAAAAAAAAAUCGUGACCAGUUUUUUCGGCAGAAUUGUCUGGAGAGGGAACCAUGUGAUAGAGCUCCCGGUUUUCUGCGUAUUGCUACUGCGGACAGCUUUCCAAAGUUGUGUAACUUCUUUCUUUGUUCCCCUCUGGCACUUCUGAUGCAUCUGCGGUUGUAUGGAUGAGGGCUGUGUUGCUCCCAGCGCAUGUUUACGUACGCACUGUGUGUGCUACCUUCAAGAGUGAUGUAGAGGUGGAGUGCAUCUUGAUAUUUGGUCUCUCAUGCUUCAUUAAUGUAAUUUUUAUUUUUGGGGGCAGGGAUAAAACUUAAUACGUAUGCGACUCGUAUGUGUGCUCCCUUGAGAAUCAAAGACGAAUAUGUGCAGUUGCCUUGGCUAAUGCUUAGUCGAGCCUAUUUUUCUGCCCUUAAUUUUGUCUUUCCAUGUCUUCUUAUUGUUCGGUAGUGACCUCACUUUCCUUUGCGGGGCUCCGGAAUAGUGAAUUGGCUAGUUGACGCAGCAUCCAAUCUUUGGCCGUAUUCUCAAAUACGGUGAUUCUCUUACUUGGGUCAUUGGAAGGGCUAGGCGUGACUGCCAGAACAAAAUAUCGAAAAUGUUGGCUUGUUGGUGUAGCAUUGCAACCCAGAACAGCCAGAAAAGCUUGCAUUUUUAUGUUGGGAAUGGCACACACUAUAAAUAUUUAGCAUCACUAGCUCUGUAGGUAGCUGGGUGUAUGUUGUGUAUGAACAGAGAUGGCAAACAUACAUGCACUUCAAUAUGGAAUGUGAAAAACAACUUACUUUUGUACAUAGCUUUCAGACCUUGGGUCUUAGUGCCACACGAAUCAAGAAAGCAAUUUAGGCAAUGUGUGCGUGUGUUUGGUUUUUCUUUUUGGCCUGCAGUGACACCCUAAAUCUAUCAUACAUAUGUCGUGCUUUUUUUUUGAAGUUGUUGAUAAGUCAGUCAUUAUAUUGAAAGUUGGUUGCAUUUUGCAUGCCAGUUUUCUUGUAUGCCAGGUAAAAGCACUCAGAUAAAUUGUUUCAUUUUGACCAUUUUUAUCUCUCGUCACUGUGGUCACCUUGUUUAUUGUCUUUUUUUUUAUAUACCAUUUUGUUGAGGCUUACCAGGGUGCGGGAUAAUUGUGUAAAGUGUACAUAGCAUUUUUUUGAAAUUGUAACAACACUCGCGUAUCAUUAGUACUGUUAACUUUUGUAUCCAUGAAACAAAACGGUGUGUGUCUCUCUAUUCUAGCCAACAGCUUUCUCCUUGCUAAACUUGUACUACCAGUGGACGGGAGUGAAGUCACUUGUCUACUCCCUAUAGCUCGUAGUACUUGAACUGUUCUCAGACUUCUGAGAUUUCGCACUGUGGAAAGAAAACUGGACUUUAACCAGACAUAGUCAAGGAAGCAUUUUUUUUAACAUUUCAAGAACGCUAUCUGCACACACCUGAUGUUUGUAGCUAUAACAAUUGUGUGAACAGUGCAUUUUGAGGUGUCUUGAUGUUAUAAACUGAUAUCAAUUGUGACAGCACACAUUGAGGCACAAUUUACUGGUGCUUGGUGUUACCUUGAAUGAGGUGAUUUUUGUCUGCAUGUGUUUGUAUCGUGCAUUCCUGGUGGCAUGGAUCUUGUUAAGUGUUGUGGGAGAUUUAUCUGUUUGUACCAAAGAGGCAUUUGCCACUGCCAUCGGAAUAUUGUACGAAAUGUGAGGUGUCAAAUGUUCUGACGACUUUAAAAGUGAUGUUGGAUUGGGUGUACUGAAUUGUAACACGCACAGAAACGUAAACAAUUGUGAGAGCAUAAAUUUCAUUCCUACACUGCUGUGGAUAGCCACUACCAGCGAGUUCAUGUAAGUUUUCCAGUAAGGAGCUGUGUGGGUGUCUGAAAUGGACUUCGAUUUUUCACUAGAAUCUCAAAGUGACAAUGUAUUUUGGUAUUGACUGGCUAAAUGAACAGGCUCACGUUAGUGUCGCUGUAAGUUGUGAUACCUGCGUUACAUAACUUCCUUUUUGCUUUGCAUAUGAACUGUGGCAUUAUACUCGCCUGCUUGAAUGACAGCACAUCAGUCACAUUCUACUGGUAUCGUUUAGCUGUGUGCUGUUUAUUUAUAAACUUGUAUUCAGCAAUGCAAAUCAUCUAUGAGUGGCUCGUGCAUGUUAUUAGUAAUUUCUUUUUUUACAUGUCAGCCAAAAAUUGUAAAAUGUCCGACACAUGCUAGGUAAUGUCGCGCAAUGUUUCUAGAGCUUGUAUUUGUAUUGUGGGUGUCAUCUACCUGAACGCACAAAUGUAAAAUUUAGCAGUACCCUUGUCAACAGCAUUUUUUCAUGCAUUGCACUUAUGGCUGUUGCAUUUCCUUGUCACAUUAUUUCAUGCAUUCUUCCUAGACAAAAUGGAUGUCACUAUGUAAUAUUAGUUACUGAUAAGCAGGCUUACAAACUGGGUGUCCCCUCCUGGGUGUCAUUACAAGCUCUUGGGUGUUCCGUCUGCAGCCCUACAUUGGGUCCAUCCACAUCAGAUUGUUGUUGUAGAAGAAAUUCAAUUGUGAAUGUCAAGCAUUGCUCCGUGUUCUGGGUCGUGCCACUUUGUCACUUGUGAUGUUCAAAGUACAAAGGUCGGUUUUAAAAGAGCAAUAAAGUGUGCACUCUAA